AUGGGAGUGGCCUGGAUGGUGGCGGCGGCCGUCGCGGCGGUGCUGGCGUCGUGGGCGUUCAACGCGCUGGUGCACCUCGUCUGGCGCCCCUACGCCAUCACCCGGAGGUUCCGCGCGCAGGGCGUGCGCGGCCCGGAGUACAGGUUCUUCACCGGGAGCCUCGGCGAGAUCAAGCGGCUCCGCGGCGAGGGCGCCGCCGUCACGCUGGACGUCGACGACCAUGACUUCAUUCCCAUGGUGCAGCCGCACCUCCGCAAGUGGAUCGCGCUCUACGGGCGGACCUUCGUGUACUGGACCGGCGCGAGGCCGAACGUGUGCGUGGCGGACGUCAACGUGGUCAGGCAGGUGCUCUUCGACCGCAACGGCCUCUACCCCAAGAACCUCAUGAACCCGCACAUCUCCCGCCUGCUCGGCAAGGGCCUCGUCCUCACCGACGGCGACGACUGGAAGCGCCACCGCAAGGUCGUGCACCCGGCCUUCAACAUGGACAAGCUCAAGAUGAUGACGGUCACCAUGUCCGACUGUGCUCGCUCCAUGAUGUCCGAGUGGGAGUCACAGCUCGCGAAGGGCGGUGAAGUGGAGAUCGAGCUGAGCAGCCGGUUUGAGGAGCUCACCGCCGACGUGAUCUCGCACACGGCGUUCGGGAGCAGCUACGACGAGGGGAAACGGGUCUUCCUGGCGCAGAGGGAGCUCCAGUACCUGGCCUUCUCCACUUUUUUCAACGUCCAGAUCCCAGCCCUCAAGUACCUCCCAACCGAGAAGAACCUCCGGACAUGGAAGCUGGACAAGCAGGUGAGGGGCAUGCUCAUGGACAUCAUAAAGACCCGCCUCGCCAACAAGGACACCGCCGGCUACGGGAACGACCUGCUAGGGCUCAUGCUGGAGGCGUGCGCGCCGGAGCACGGCGAGACGCCGAUGCUGAGCAUGGACGAGAUCAUCGACGAGUGCAAGACCUUCUUCUUCGCCGGGCACGACACCACGUCGCACCUGCUCACAUGGGCCUCGUUCCUUCUAAGCACGCACCCGGAGUGGCAGGACAGGCUCCGGGAGGAGGUGCGGCGGGAGUGCGGCGACGAGGUCCCCACCGGCGACGCGCUCAACAAGUUGAAGCUAGUCAACAUGUUCCUCCUGGAGACUCUGCGGCUGUACGGCCCGGUGUCCCUGAUCCAGAGGAAGGCAGGAUCAGAUCUCGACCUCGGCGGCGUCAGGGUACCCGAGGGCGCGAUCCUGACCAUUCCAAUCGCGACGAUCCACCGUGACAAGGAGGUCUGGGGCGACGACGCCGGCGAGUUCAAGCCGGAGAGGUUCGAGAACGGGGUGACAAGGGCGGCCAAGUACCCCAAUGCGCUGCUGUCCUUCUCCAGCGGGCCAAGGUCGUGCAUCGGUCAGAACUUCGCAAUGAUCGAGGCAAAGGCCGUGGUCGCCAUGAUCUUGCAGAGGUUUGCCCUCGAGCUGUCCCCCAAAUACGUCCACGCGCCCAUGGACGUGAUCACCCUGCGCCCAAGGCACGGGCUCCCCAUGCUCCUCAAGCGCUUGCUUCCUUGUGCACUUCAUUAUGACUUCCGCAAGUGGAUCGCGCUCUACGGUACGUCGUCGUCAGUCGUCACAGACCUGGUGGCUGGCGUAUUGCGUCCUUCGUCGGCGCUCGAACGCUUUCUUGGCAGGAUUGCUGUGUUUCUUACUUACGAGGCUCCGUGCGUGGCUGCAGGCAAGACGUUCGUGUACUGGACCGGCGCGAGGCCGAACGUGUGCGUGACGGACGUGAACGUGGUCAGGCAGGUGCUCUUCGACCGCACCGGCCUGGCGGCCUCUACCCCCAAGAACCUCAUGAACCCGCACAUCUCCCGCCUCCUCGGCAAGGGCCUCGUCCUCACCGACGGGGACGACUGGAAGCGCCACCGCAAGGUCGUGCACCCGGCCUUCAACAUGGACAAGCUCAAGAUGAUGACGGCGACCAUGUCCGACUGUGCUCGCUCCAUGAUGUCCGAGUGGGAGGCACAGCUCGCGAAGGGCGGUGAAGUGGAGAUCGAGCUGAGCAGCCGGUUUGAGGAGCUCACCGCCGACGUGAUCUCGCACGGCGUUCGGGAGCAGCUACGACGAGGGGAAAUGGGUCUUCCUGGCGCAGAGGGAGCUCCAGUACCUGGCCUUCUCCACUUUUUUCAACGUCCAGAUCCCAGCCCUCAAGUACCUCCCAACCGAGAAGAACCUCCGGACAUGGAAGCUGGACAAGCAGGCGAGGGGCAUGCUCGUGGACAUCAUAAAGACCCGCCUCGCCAACAAGGACACCGCCGGCUACGGGAACGACCUGCUAGGGCUCAUGCUGGAGGCGUGCGCGUCGGAGCACGGCGAGACGCCGAUGCUGAGCAUGGACGAGAUCAUCGACGAGUGCAAGACCUUCUUCGCCGGGCACGACACCACGUCGCACCUGCUCACAUGGGUCUCGUUCCUGUUGGGGUUUAG